AGGUGGUUAAUUUUGGAAAGGGUAAGGCCAGAGUAAAAGAAAGAGAAGAUGAAUCAUAACCACCAGCAAUCGAGCGACGGACGUCACGACGACGAUGCUGCUCUCACCGACUUCCUCGCUUCUCUAAUGGACUACACUCCCACUAUACCUGAUGAAUUGGUGGAGCAUUACUUAGCAAAGAGCGGUUUUCAAUGUCCCGAUGUUAGAUUAAUUAGGCUGGUAGCGGUUGCCACGCAGAAAUUUGUUUCAGAAGUUGCAAAUGAUGCUCUUGUGCAAUGCAAGGCAAGGCAGGCAGCAGUGGUCAAGGACAAAAGGGAGAAGCAACAGAAGGACAAGCGCUUAAUCUUGACAAUGGAAGAUCUUUCAAAGGCACUGCGUGAGCACGGUGUGAACGUGAAGCACCAGGAGUAUUUUGCUGAUAGCCCAUCAACUGGGAUGGAUCCUGCUUCAAGAGAUGAAUGAGCGAAGCUGAACAUAUAAAACAAGGUCUUUAUGGUUCUAUGUACUGUGCUAAUAACAUCUCUGCCGCUACUGCUGGCGUAUAACCCUUCUGCAUAUUGUUUGUAUUGUGAGGAAACAAUUAAUUUUUAGUGUAGUAGUUAACUAGAAAUCUUGUACAUUUGGUUCAUAUUUCUGAGUAAUUGUUUUCCCAAUUUAAAGACAUUUAAUAUUUGAUGUAACAAAGUGAUGCUUUUAUCU